AUGAAGAAGAUGAAGAAGAGGAACGUGACUGAGUUUGUCCUCCUGGGGCUCACACAGAACCAUGAAAUGGAGAAGGUUGUAUUUGUAGUGUUCUUGACCAUCUACAUCGUAUCUGUGGUGGGAAAUGUACUCAUUUUGGUCACCAUCACCCACAGCCGAUUGGUGGGCUCCCCCAUGUAUUUCUUCCUGGCCUAUCUUUCCUUUAUCGAUGCCUGCUACUCCUCAGUCAAUAACCCUAAAUUGAUUUUUGAUUCACUCCAUGAAAAGAAGACUAUUCCGUUCAAUGGAUGCAUGACCCAAGUGUUUGGGGAGCAUUUCUUUGGAGCUACUGAGAUCCUCCUGCUUACUGUGAUGGCCUAUGACCGCUAUGUGGCCAUCUGCAAGCCCCUGCACUAUGCAACCAUCAUGAACAGACCAAUAUGUAAACUGCUAGUGGGAGUGUCAUGGACAGGAGGCUUUCUUCAUGGGAUCAUACAGAUCCUCUUCAUUAUUGAUUUACCUUUCUGUGGUCCUAAUGUCAUAGACCACUUUAUGUGUGAUCUAAACCCUUUGCUUGAAUUGGUUUGCACUGAUACCCACACUCUGGGACUCUUUGUUGCUUCCAACAGUGGGUUUAUGAGUAUGUUAAUUUUCCUCCUUCUGCUGGGCUCCUAUACUGUCAUCCUUUGUUCCCUAAGAAACCACAGUGCAGAGGUAAGACGCAAAGCCCUCUCCACUUGUGUCUCCCACAUCACAGUGGUUGUCUUAUUCUUUGUGCCCGCCAUAUUUGUAUACAUGAGACCUGUGGUUACAUUACCUACUGAUAAGGCAGUUGCUGUGUUUUACACUAUGAUAACUCCCAUGUUAAACCCCUUAAUCUAUACCUUGAGAAAUGCUCAGAUGAAAGAUGCCAUUACGGGAUUGUUUAGUAGAAAAAUUCAUCCAGAAGAUAAAUAA